AUGAAGCUGAAAUCUACUUUGUGGAUAUUUGUGACAGUUUUGACACUUUCUGUUGCUCAAAAUGAUCGAUUUAUGGCGUCACGUCAGCAAUUUGCAUUGGAGUUGUUCAAGAACACCCAAUCGACAUCAAACAUGCUCAUUUCGCCAUUAUCUAUUGACUUUGUACUCCAUCUCAUGUUCCUUGGAUCAACAAAAAGUACAACAACUGAAAUGAAAAAUGGACUUGGAUAUCCGAAGAGUUUUAAUGCAAAAGCGAUUGAAUUAAAUUUACAAAAGUGGUCAGCAGAUAUAAAAAUGAUUAAUGGAGUCGAAGUUGCAACCAAAAUCUACGUCAACAACACACUCGCCAUCAAAAACAGCUACAAACUGUCAAUCAGGAAGACUUUAAGCUCAGAUCUUGAGAAAAUUGCUUUUAUUAAGUCUAAACCAGCAACAAAAAAGAUCAACAAGUGGAUUUCAGACUCAACACAUAACUUGAUUAAGAAUAUGAUUGCUCCGGGUGUCAUUGACAAGGAUACGCUGAUGAUUUUAAUCAAUUGCAUCUAUUUUGGUGGAAAAUGGGCAGAUCCGUUCAUACCAAAUGCCAAUCUUUUUGAAAACUUUACAGCUAUUGAUGAAAGUGUCAAGACAAUCGAGUUUAUGUAUCAAAGCUCAGUUCUGAAUUUUAGCAAAGACGUACCAGAGCUGAAAGGAGCAUCAGCAGUGUCACUUAAUUACGACAAUACAACUGUUUCGAUGUUGUUUGUGCUGCCACCAGCUGAUGUCGAUUUUAAGUCGUGGAUGUCGAGUAUUAAUAAAAUCAACUGGUCGGCAGUUGACAAGUCAAUGAAGCCUGUUGAAGUAAGGCUCAGAAUCCCGAAAUUUAACAUCACAUUCGAUGAUGACAUGAAAAAAUUUUUAAAAAAGAUGCAAAUUAAUUCAAUUUUUGAAAAUGAAGCACAUUUGGAUAAAAUAUUUGCAGGACAAAAGGCAAAAGUUGAGAAUUUGUUUCAUAAAACAAUCAUACAAGUCGAUGAGGUUGGAACUGUCGCAGUUGGAGUUGCUGUCAUGAAGAUUGUCAGCUAUUCUAUGCCAUUUAAUCCUCCUGAGUUUACAGCAAAUCGACCAUUUAUAUUCUUUAUAAGAAGUGGACCGACUAUUAUGUUUGUUGGACAAUAUGUUGAAUGA